CUGCCUCGGGGGCUGUAGCCCCUGAUUUUUUCUUUUCGUUAGACGCCCCUGGGAUGAAGGCUGUUCUUCUUUUCUGACUUAGGCCAGCCCCCGACAACUCCCGCAGGCAGCCGCCGGGUGCGGGGGCAGCAGGAGGGAGCCGGGAGCCCCGCCGACGGCGGCGGCCGGGCGAGGGGGCGACGCCGGGGCGCUGUGCCGGCUCGGGCGGCAGCGGCAGCUCCCGGGCGCUGCUCCCCGGACCGAGCAAUGCGGGAGACCGGUCUGGCCAGCAGCGAGGAGCGUCCUGCGGGAUCACCGCCCGGCCUCGGGCAGAGAGGAAAGCGAGGCGACGGCGGAUGAACCCCAUUUCAAAGCAGCUGGCAAAGAGGUCGCUGUCCAGUGCAUCCUAACGUGAGCCAGGGUUGCCAAGGAGGGUGUGCUACAUGUUCUGACUACAACGGAUGCCUGUCAUGUAAACCCAGACUCUUUUUUGUUCUGGAGAGGAUUGGCAUGAAACAGAUUGGAGUAUGUCUUUCCUCAUGUCCAAGUGGAUAUUAUGGCACACGGUAUCCUGACAUUAAUAAGUGCGCAAGUAAGUGCUGGGAAAAGGGGAAACGCAUGGAUUUAUUUGUUCUCUUUUGAAUGCUGUGUGUCCUUAGGAGUCAAGUCAACAGAUUAGCAGAUGGACAGGCCAAGUCUUUAUUUGUUCAGUUCUUUUAUACUAGUGCGAUAAAUAUUAACCUGAACAAGAAGUGAAAGUGAAAAAUCACAAAACUACAGAAGCUCAGGGAUCCCGGCUCUGCAUGAAUGACCUGUCCAGGACCUGAGAGAUGGUGUCCUCCUCUACAUCCUCAUGCAAAAGUGGAGCAAGUGGGCGACACUACACUCCUGCAACUGGAGCAGCAGGAUGGAGCGAUGGCAGGUCUGAAGAGCGGAGGCUGAGGGCUGCUGAAUCUGAUUGGAGCAGUUUAAGCUCACUGGCAUUUUCCCGCCUGUCUCCCAUGACAAGCAGAGAAGAUGGCACUCGUUGGAGAUGUGAAUGCAAAGCUGACUGUGAUACCUGCUUCACCAGAAACUUCUGCACAAAAUGUAAAAGUGCGUUUUACUUAUACAGUGGAAAGUGCCUUGAAAAGUGCCCUGAAGGUUUGGAAGCCAACAAUCACACGAUGGAGUGCACCAGCAUUGUGCACUGUGAAGCUAGUGAGUGGAGUCCAUGGAGCCCUUGCACAAAGAAAGGAAAAACUUGUGGUUUCAAAAGAGGAAAUGAAGUAAGGGUCAGAGAGAUCGUACAACAUCCGUCAGCAAGGGGCAAUCCUUGCCCACCUACAAGCGAGAGCAGAAAAUGUAUUGUACAAAGAAAGAGAUGUCAGAAGGAAGGAAAAGGGAAAAAAAAUAGGGAGGAGAAAAGAAAAAAGUCCAACAAAGAAGAAAGUAAGGAGACAAAACAGGAAAACAAAGGGCGAGCAGCCCGAAGACAAAACCGAGAACAGAGGGAAAACAAAAACAAAACGCAGCCGAAGAAAAGAAAAGCCCCAAAUAAAGAACCAAACGUGGCACCCAUCGACACUGCACAUUAACAACCUUUCAUGAUUGUUUGAGUCUUAUGAUGCUGCUAUCUCUACCAGAUCGCCCUGACAGGUGCUCCAACCAUUCAGGCCGCAAAUGGACAAUGCUACCAGUUAUUAGUAAACUUUAAACAACAUUCCAUAUACUUCCUAUAUUCUCCAAGCAACCAUAGUUUAUUAAAGAGAUUGACAUGAGCCAAGAAAAAAAAUCUAAAAAUGGGAUACUUUAAAACUGUUAUAUUAUAUGCUUCCAUGCAUCUGUAAAAGGCAAUUAAGAAAUUUUGUAUAUAUUAAUAAUAGGGUAUAAAAUAUAGCAAUAUAAUAAUGAAUGACAUUCAGAUGAACAAUGUUCCUUUUCUUUGUAAAAUAUUUUUCAAGCUAUUGUUUAAGUAUGAGGCAAGAGAUAUGUCUAAAUCAAAGACACAGCAUCCCUUCAUAUAUUGUACAUAAAUACUAAGAGAAGGAGGAAAACAUUUCUCAAGAGCCAGUAGGAAUCCAAGGUUUUACAACCUGUGGUGAAGCAGAAUGGAAUUGCCCUGUGGCUCCCUGGUCCAUGUUCCAGACUUGGGUGAGAAACACCUGGGGAAAGCCUGCAGGGCUUCAAAAGCUGAGCGAAAAGAAGCAGAAACAUCUGCAGCUUUCAAGACUGAAUCCCCGAGGUAGAAAGAGUGAUGGUGCUGAGCUUGUAUACGCUCUUAUCUGUGGGACAAUAUUUUCUGGUCUAAACAGUGGUACAGUGUGUGCUGUUCUAUGUUUUUUAUACCUAUGUGUAACUUAAGUCUACAUUUCAAAUCUUCUGGUGAAUGACAAAUCGUAUUUGUAGGAGACAAUGUUGAGUUAAUAAAAAACAGAAAAAAGA